CUAAUAUCAAAGCACAAGAAGCAUCGUUUUCUGUCGAUCGUUCUGUUCAUUCAAUCUCAACACAAAGCUCUUUCAGUUUCAACCGCAAUGUUCUUCGCUUCACGCCCUUCAGUCCGAAAUCUGGCCGAUGUCGGCCGCCAACUCCUCCAAAAUUCGCCGCUCCAAUGGCAGGCCAUCCGGGGCAUUCGAGUCGGGAACACGGAGAUUCCCAACGACAAGGGGCUGCUGUAUGCCCUCCAGCACAUCAAGGGCAUUGGCCGAGCCACCGCCCGUCAGAUCCUCGCCGAGCUCCGGAUCGGAAACAAGCCCGCCAAGGAGCUGUCUGGUCUCCAGAUCGAGUCUCUUCGUAAUGAAGUCUCCACCUACACAGUUGGGCACAAUCUGGAUAAGGAGACGGCUAGUAGUAUUAAGAGACUGAUGACUAUUCAGUGCUACAGAGGGAUCAGACACAUCGAUGGGUACCCCUGCAGAGGGCAGCGUACGAGGUCCAAUGCCCGCACGAGGAAGGCCAAGGCAGCUCGUGCUGCUGCAAAGCAAAGUUUUUGAGUGCGGAACUCAUAUAUCUUUAGAAGGGCUUUUACGCUUCAGUGUUAAUUGAGAGGUCAGUUUUUGCAAAAAUAGAUUUUUGAACUUAAGGCAGGUGUCUGAUUCGCCUGUGAUGUUUCUUUAGUCAUUGCUUCUUGUAUCUGAUUUGCCUUCUUACUUUGUUGGCUGGCAAGCCUCUGUUGUUGAAUUCAAUUGGGAUAUGAUCAGAUCAGAUCAGGCUAUAAAGCAAUGAUUUGAAACUUCUGCCAGGAGAUUUGAAUUGUUUA